AUGCUGCAGCAAGCCGGCUUCUACAGCCUCACGGGGUUCAGAGUGGCCCAACCUUCCGUUACAUCAGCGGGAAUCAGCGCAGCUCGUCAGAAUGCGGCCUGCGUGUCUGGAGCUGCAGGGAAGAAUGUUAUAAAUGGGCUGCCGGGCCUGCCUGACAGAGAUGCAUAUAUGGAGGUUAUACAGAUUCCUCCCUGCCCGCCUGUCCCACCCCUGGGGAGCCAUACACCACCCCAGGGGAGCCCUCACCACCCCGGGGGCUCCCUACCCGCCUGGCCCCACCCAAGUGUAGCUCUCUGUCUCGACUACAGGGGACUCCCUGUCCCCACCCAGGGGACGUCCCUGCCCGGGGAUCCGUACGGAACACAGUCAGCUCUGCCCGCCUGUCCCCACCCUGGGGACGCCCUGUCCCCACCCUGGGGACGCCCCUGCCCGGGGAUCGGUACGGAACAUGGCUACCUCGGACCGGCGUUUGUACAGCCGGAGUGA